UCGAUUGAGCAGAUCCUUCCUGUCACACGAGUGGUCCCUUCGCCCGGACGUCGCCCUCUCCAUCUUCCGGAGGUGGGGUUAUCCCCGGGUGGACCUCUUCGCGUCCAAGGGGAACAGGAAGUGCCAAGCGUUCUGCUCCUUUCAGGGCAGGGAGCCCGGGUCGAUAGCGGAUGCCUUCCUCAUCCAGUGGUCGACCCACCUGUACUAUGCGUUUCCCCCAUUCCCUCUGGUUCACAGGGUCCUUCUGAAGGUGCGCAGGGACAGGGCUCACGUGAUCAUGGUAGCCCCGGCAUGGCCCAGACAGCACUGGUACCCCAUGCUGCUGGACCUGACCAUAGCCGACCCAGUUCCCCUGCCCCUUCAUCCGGACCUGAUUACCCAGGAGCACGGGACCCUCUGUCACCCGGACCUGCAGUCGCUGCACCUAGCGGCGUGGCUCCUGCGUGGCUGACUGGCUCUGAGCUGCGCUGCUCCACGCCGGUGAGGGAGGUGCUCUUGGGCAGCAGGAAGCCGUCCACGAGAGCGACAUAUUUGGCCAAAUGGAAGCACUUCUCCUGUUGGUGCGUGGAGAGAAAUCUCCGCCCUAUGGAAGUUUCGGUAGCCGACAUCUUAGACUACAUUUGGUCCCUCAAAGGGCAAGGUCUGGCCAUAUCGUCGUUGCGAGUCCACCUAGCAGCUAUCUCCACCUUUCACCCUGGUGCGGAUGGUCGCUCUGUUUUUUCUCACCCAACGGUGUCUAGAUUCCUUAAGGGGCUGGAACGUUUAUACCCUAACGUCCGUCCCCCUGCUCCAACCUGGGAUCUUAACCUGGUGUUGUCCCGGCUCAUGGGGCCCCCCUUUGAGCCGUUAGCUACUUGCUCCCUGCUUUACCUCUCUUGGAAGACUGCCUUUCUAGUAGCUAUCACCUCAGCUAGACGGGUGUCGGAACUCCGGGCUCUUGUGGUAGACCCCCCAUAUACGGUCUUCCACAAAGACAAGGUGCAGCUGAGACCACACCCUGCUUUUCUCCCCAAGGUGGUCUCAGCCUUCCACGUCAACCAAGAGAUAUUCCUCCCGGUUUUUUUCCCAAAACCUCACUCCUCAGGCAGGGAGCAGCAGCUCCACUCGCUUGAUGUCCGUAGGGCUCUCGCGUUCUACGUGGAGAGGACUAAGCCCUUCCGCAAAUCCCCCCAGCUUUUCGUGGCAGUAGCGGACCGCAUGAAAGGGCUUCCUAUCUCCUCCCAGAGGUUAUCCUCUUGGGUAACGUCCUGCAUCAGGACCUGCUAUGACUUGGCCCAUGUCCCUACGGGCCGUGUGACUGCGCAUUCUACCAGGGCGCAGGCGUCGUCGCUGGCUUUCCUCGCCCGUGUGCCCAUCCAGGAAAUCUGUCGGGCAGCGACCUGGUCAUCGGUCCACACCUUUGCUUCCCACUACGCCCUGGUCCAGCAGUCAAGAGAGGAUGCGGCCUUCGGAACUGCAGUGCUCCAUGCCGCGACUUCUCACUCCGACCCCACCGCCUAGGUAAGGCUUGGGAAUCACCUACCUGGAAUGGAUAUGAGCAA